CUCGUCCCAUCUCCUCUCCUCUUCCUCUCUCCCCUCUUCUCUUUUCAGUAUCCAUCCCUACCAUUUUUUAGCCCUUACCCACUUAACAUCUGCCCACCACGACGGACAAUACAUCCCCGAAAAUGGAUCUUCGCGUUGGCGGGAAGUAUCGCCUCGGGAAGAAGAUCGGUUCAGGAUCGUUUGGUGACAUUUAUCUGGGUAUCAACAUCAUCUCGGGUGAAGAGGUUGCCAUCAAACUUGAAUCGGUCAAGGCGAAGCACCCCCAACUCGAGUACGAGUCGAAGGUGUACAAGACUCUUGCCGGUGGCGUAGGCGUACCCUUCGUUAGAUGGUUCGGCACAGAGUGCGACUACAAUGCGAUGGUCCUUGACCUCCUCGGGCCGAGCUUGGAAGACCUUUUCAACUUCUGCAAUCGCAAGUUUAGCCUGAAAACUGUCCUUUUGCUAGCCGACCAGUUGAUUUCGCGUAUAGAGUACAUCCACUCUCGCAACUUCAUCCACCGUGAUAUUAAGCCCGAUAACUUCUUGAUGGGCAUUGGCAAGCGUGGCAAUCAAGUCAAUGUCAUCGACUUUGGUCUUGCCAAGAAGUUCCGUGACCCGAAGACUCACCUGCACAUUCCGUACAGGGAGAAUAAGAACCUCACUGGUACAGCCCGUUACACAUCUAUUAACACACACUUGGGCGUGGAACAGGCUCGUCGUGAUGACUUGGAGUCUCUUGCCUACGUGUUGAUGUAUUUCUUGCGAGGUGCACUUCCCUGGCAGGGCCUGAAGGCUGCCACCAAGAAGCAGAAGUACGACCGCAUCAUGGAAAAGAAGAUGACAACGCCCACCGAUCUUCUUUGCCGCGGUUUCCCCAAUGAGUUUGGUAUCUUCCUGAACUAUUGCCGUGCACUCCGCUUCGACGACAAGCCCGACUACUCAUACCUUCGCAAGCUUUUCCGGGACCUCUUCGUCCGAGAAGGUUACCAGUACGAUUACGUAUUUGACUGGAGCGUUCAGAGGACCACACAGGAUGAAGCAGGUUCUAGUGGAAAGGCCCCGCAGGGUCGCAGGAAGGUUGUUCAGGAGGAUGAGGGUGAACCGAGAGCCAGUGACAGAAUGCUUCGCUCGCAGACGAGACAGCAGCAGGCUGCUAGUGCACAGCGUAGAGGUCGUGAUGAGAUAUGGUGAUUGAAGCGGAAUGUGUCCUUGUCUUCAUUGGCUGCGGUCAUGCCGAGAAUAGCCGAACAUGUUGAUGGUGUAGAUGAUUGUUCGGGUAGUUCGUGUCCUUGGCCGUCGUCGUUCAAUGUUCUUCGUGCGUCAGGGUUCAGUCGGGUUCGUGGUGGAUGUGACAACCGGGCUCGCCACAGUUAAUUCAGAGCUUGGGUUGUCAUGGUCGAUUUUUUGUUGGGAGUAAGAGCAUGCCAGCGCUCCCUUCGGGCCUCGAAAUUAGCAUCGACGCAAACACGAUUUUCGCGGUACAUCCACUGCGUACGAGUAGUGAUCCUUUCCCCCUUUGCCGGGGACCGCGCUUUCUUGUCUCCGAUUAACCCGCGAACGAGGUGCUUAACGAGUGAUUAUCUUUCAACGGACGCUGUUUCUUUUCAGGCUACCCCUACUUCUACUGUUGAGGAAGAGGUGGCCGUCAUUCCUAUCGCUUAAUUUUCCUAUCCAUUCCUAGCGCCCAAACUUUCCAACCCCUUGCCCUCUUUGAAGCAGUUCUCACCGUGCUUUCCUGGUCCUCCACGUUCUCCCUGGUAUAUGUAUAUAUGUGUGUUUUCAUGUCCCUCGUUACAUCCCCCUCGUGUACCGUCUCUCUUCGCUUCCCCUGCUCAUUCCGGAAUUGUGUUCCUCCCUUCCCCACCUUGGUCAUCUGAACAUCGACGUAUGUCGAUUGUAGGCUAAGGGCGAGGUGAUGGGAGAGGGCGUCGUGCUCGCGGGACGAUUUAUUCUACGAGCACGAGUAGAUUCGACUGACGUUAUCAGAAUAUCUUCCAUCUUACCUACGUUGAUGCGAAACCCACGUUCCUAUCAUGCCUUGACUUGAAGGACAUGCUUCCCUCGUAUGUACGUAGAGUACUUCCAAUAAGAGUUUAUAUGCCGG